AUGAAUUUAUUUUUAAGGUAAAUAGACUAAUUAUAAGAAAUAGCCAAUAAUAUUUACUAUUAGCUAUAAAAGUAGAAUUUAAAUUUAUUCGCUAAAUGUGAGCUGCUUUAGAGUUUACUUGAAUACAAAAUAGAAUAAGGUUAGAAUAAUAUUUCUCUCUAAGAUUUUUUAAUGGGAAGAAAAGAUUAUCCUUAUUUCUUAGAUAUUAUUUUUGUUGAUAUAAACAAUAUUAGUAAUCAUCUUCCAUUUUUUUCGCAAACUCAUUAACUAUUAUAAGAUAUGAAAGUAACUCUAGUAGGAUUAUAUGGAGCAAUUUAGCGUUACAAUAUUUUAAAAGACGCAUUUUUAAUUAAAACAUUUUAGAGAAAAAAUGAAUUGAAUGAGUGUGAAUAAUUCAGAAAAGAACUUUUAGAUUAAUAUAAAAGUAAGAAAGUAAUAAUAGAAGUUGAUUACUAACUUCUAAGAUACUUUUUUAACAAAUUUAUGCAUGAUAAAUAGUACUUUGAAUAAUUUACAUGUAUAAUUAGAGUAAUUUAAACAAGCUAAAUUAAUUUUAAUGAAAAUAAUGAAAGCAAAUAAAAUUAGUUUAACUUAAAAUUACAAAAAUACAUUUCUUUUUGUGAAAAGUGUUUCCAAAGGGAUUACAAACUCUACAUAGAUUUUUAAUUACCUAAAAAAGAAAUUAAGAAUAAUUACACAAAACCACUUUAAUUAAAUAUAAAUCAUAAACGUAGAAAGUAGACUGUAAUAUUAAAUGAGUAUUUAAGUAAUUUUCACUUAUAAUACGAAGAGUAAUUAUAAAAAUUUGAAUUUAAUUACUAAUACUCUUUCAUAGAAACGCUGUAGUAAUUUCGUUGUUAAUUUUCUCAUCUUAAUUUUGCAAAACUUUUAUCUGUAAGCUAGGAAAUAAAUCAAAUAGAAAUAAAUAAUAUUUAAAUUUUUUUAGAAGACUAAAAUUCUGAUAUUUUAUAAAAAGUAAAUUUUGUUUGCUUGAACUAAGUUACUUCUUUUCUGUUUAAUUUGUAAAAGAUAAAAUUGGCUUAAUUUUUUAUUGAAUUCAAUCCUAAAGCUGAAAACAACUUUUAGUUCUUGAUAUAACUAAAAUGCAUUCCUGCACAAACUACCAUAAUUUAAGGCUAAUUCAAUUAAUUUAAAAUAAUGAUUAAAGAAAUUGAAAAUAUAUACUACUCAGAACUACAAAUAAAUGGGUUUGAUGAGCUAUUUUUAAAAGAGAUAGCAUAUGAUAAAGAAAAUCUAUAAAAAUGUUUGGUUCUUUACUAAAAUAUUAUUAGAAUAUCAAUUUAAAAGAGAUUUGAUAAUGUUUAGAUUAUUGAAGAGAUAAAAAAAGAAAUAAAAUCUGUAAAUUUUUUAAAAAAGGCUAGUUUCAAGAAAAUAAAUAGCAAGUCCUAAAAUGAUAACUAUGAAUUAUUAAGACAGAUUUUAAUCUAGCAAAAAUGCUUAGAGGGUUUGCAUUUAUCUUUCAGUAGCAACCUGGGUGAUUUGGAUUUAUAUUUUUUCAAUACUUAAAUUUUAGAUUUAGUUAAGAAAGAAUGUCCUAAGUUAAAGUUAUUUGCAAUGUUUAUUGACAAUUAAGAAUUAAUAUUUAAUUUAUUAAAAAGCUUUGAUUUUAAGAUAUUCUUUAAAGACAAGUAAUUUGAGGUUGUUUAAGAUAAAUAUUAUGAUGAUAAUUAAAUUGGAUAUAAUGUACUUAAGUUUUCAUUAAGUGGCAAUUACCUGACGCUGUUUGGAUAAAUAUUUGAUCUCUAUAAAAAUUAAUAUGAUAAUUUAGAUUAAAAAGACAUCUGUUAAAGUAAAAAUAGCACCUUAAUAAAUAAAACAAAAAAAAACAUAAAAUAUUUCCUAUAAAUUUAUUUUGAUUCAAGUGCACAGCUUGAAAAGUUAAAAUUUACUUUGUCUAAAUUAAUUUAACACAUAGAUUUUAUAGAUUGUUAUUAUUAUUCAGAAAAAGUUUUCUCCAAGUCUCUCGAAACAUAUAAAAUUUACAAAAUGAAAAACAUGUAACUCCUCUUUUCCAUUUUACCCAGCAAAAUUAACACUCUCAUCAUUCAUGAAGAUUGGGACAGAAAAUUAAACUAAUUCUUAGAAAUUUUAAGCACAAACAAAACAACUAUAGAUUGUUUAGAAAUAAACCUAAUUAUGUAUUCAUAUGACUAAUCUCUUUAGGAAGUUUUAAAAAAUAUUAAUUACAAAAUAAUAGAAAUAUACUUUUUCUAUAAUGAAUUGUAACUGUAAAAUCUUAAAACUAUAUUGAAUUCUCUUAAACUGAACAAUUACUUCUAAGAAUAGAGAUGUCUUAAAAAAGAAAUAGAAUUCAAAAUACCUUUGUAAUAUCAAUAAAACACAUAUGAAAAAUUACAAUGUGUUUAAUUAAUAAAAGAGAUGUAGGAUAAUUAGUUUGAUGUAAAAUGUGUUGCUCAAGGUAAAAAAAAACUCCCAAAAAUAUUUUAGAAAGUUUUAAAUAGUAUUUCUCUUUACUAAAGAAUAUUAACAAGCUACAAAGCUAUGAAAAUAAAUACAUUAUUAUCAGCUAACUUCAGAAAUGAAAUUAUUGUAUAAAUUUGUGAUUUAUAUUGA